AUGCGGUCGAACGUCGCGCUCCGAGCGUCCACGACGUCCGCGCACCGAUGGUCUCGCUUUUCGUCGUCGCCGUCGUCCACGAGACGUCGCCAACAUCAGCGCCAACAUCACCAUCUUGAUGUCCAACACCGUCCUUCUCGUCCCGUUCGCGUCGCCGCCGCGCCCGCGGAGAAGCCGACGGUCGAAGAAGACACCGCGCGCGUGCUUCGCGUGCGAUAUCACCGCAAAGAUGGCGCGUACGCGCGAUGGGGCGCACACGUUUGGGGACGCGGCGCGGCGUCGCCGACGCCAUGGGACGCGCCGCUUGCGGCGACGACGGAUGACGCGUCGGAAUGGGUGACCUUUGACGUCGAGCUCUCGGAUAUCUCUCGCGGUGAUGGAUCGGUGAGCGUGCUGAUUCAUAAGGGCGAGGCGCAAGACUGUCGAGUAGAGGAUUUCGACGCGACGGCGGCGCCAGAGGUGUUUUUGGUGAGCGGAUAUUCGAGCGCGUUCGAGACGGAGCCCGAUUUGACGUCGUUGCCGAAAGGAGACAUAGAAAAGUAUCGCGCGAUCUGGGUCGCCGAGCGCGUGAUCGCGGUGCCGGGGGAUUUCGCGAACGAUGGGGACUCGUUCACGCUCGUGAGCUCGUCCACGGCGGAUUUGAAAGUCACGGGCGAAGGCGUCGUCGGCGGCGACGACGUCGUCACCGUGGUUCGUUCGGGUGAGUUACCUUCGAGCGUGUGCGCAAAGUUUCCACACAUCAAAGCUGCGGGCUAUCGCGCGCUCGAAGUUCCUUCGAGCGUCAACGUGCGAGACGCGUUGAAGCGCCAAAUCGCCGUAGCCGCGGUGGACGCCGCGGGUAAGCCGACGGAUGCCACGGGCGUGCAGUUGCAAGGCGCGAUCGAUGAUUUAUUCGCUUACGAUGGACCUCUCGGAGCGGAAUUUGGAGUGAACGACAAAGUCACGCUACGCGUGUGGGCGCCCACGGCCUUGAACGUCGCGUUGGCGUUGUUCGACGAACCCAGAGGAGAGGAGACGAGACGCGUCGUCGCGAUGACGCGGGACGAGACGUCGGGGGUGUGGAGUGCGACCGGUGACGAUUUCAAGGAUAAAUAUUACAAUUUCGAAGUCACCGUAUUCAACCCGACGACUGGGAAAGUGUCGACGAACGUCGCGUCGGAUCCGUACGCUCGGAGCCUCGCCGCCGACGGUCGCCGAGCGCACGUGUGCGACAUUUCGCGAGACGACCUCAAACCCAAGGGAUGGGAGACGUUUGAGAAGCCAAAGUUCACGCAUCCCGUGGAUUGUUCAAUCUACGAGCUACACGUGCGAGAUUUCAGCGCGUUGGAUGAAACCGUGAGCGCUUCUGCGCGAGGCAAGUAUUUAGCGUUCUGCGAAGAAUCGAGCGUGUGCGUGUCCCAUCUCAAAAAGCUCGCCGACGCCGGUCUCACGCACGUGCACCUGUUGCCGUCUUACGACUUUGGUUCCGUGCCCGAGCUCCCAGAAAAUCAGCUGUCGGUAGACUUCAAAGAGUUGGCCAAAUUACCACCGAAUUCUCGAAAGCAACAAGAAGAAAUCAGUAAAAUUGCAUGGUCUGAUUGCUUCAACUGGGGAUACGACCCCGUGCACUACGGCGUGCCCGAAGGCAGUUACGCCACCAAUCCAGACGGUCCCCGGCGCAUUUUCGAGUACCGCCAGAUGGUGCAUGCGCUCGCCUCGAACGGAUUACGCGUCAUAUGUGAUGUGGUGUAUAAUCACACCUUGUCGUCCGGACCGAGUGACGUCAACAGCGUCUUGGAUAAAAUUGUCCCGGGGUACUACCAUCGACGCAACUUUGACGGAUUCAUCGAGGCGAGCACGUGUUGCAACAACACGGCCAGCGAGCAUUACAUGAUGGAUCGUCUCAUUGUGGACGAUCUCGUGCACUGGGCGAAAGAUUAUAAGGUUGAUGGAUUCCGAUUUGAUUUAAUGGGGCACUUGAUGCUGUCCACGAUGCUUCGAGCGAAGGACGCGCUCCAAUCGUUGACGCUCGAGAAGGAUGGUGUCGAUGGUAAAUCACUGUACCUGUACGGAGAAGGAUGGGAUUACGCCGAGGUGGAAAAAGGUCGCGUCGGCAAGAAUGCAUCGCAGCUAAAUUUGGCUCACACUGGUAUCGGAAGCUUUAACGACCGCGUCCGCGAGGGUUGCAUCGGAGGCAGUCCCUUUGGCGAUCCUCGCAUGCAAGGUUUCCUCACGGGCUUGUACUACACCCCCAACGGCGCCGUCGAUCAAGGAGACCAAGACUCCCAACGCUAUAGAAUGAUGGAGGACGGCGAGAAGAUAAUCGCCGCGCUCGCUGGAAACGUCCGUGAUUUUGUCUUUGUCAAUCGCCACGGCGUCGAGGUUCCGUCGAGUUCGGCGGCUUGGCCAGACUCAAACGUUGCCUACGCGGGCGAACCGGAAGAAACGGUGAACUACGUCAGCGCGCACGAUAACGAAACCCUAUUCGAUUGCAUCAUGUUAAGAGCGGCGGCGUCUGUGUCUCUGGAACAAAGGUGCCGAAUCAAUCAUUUAGCGACGGCGAUUGUGGCGUUGUCGCAAGGCGUGCCAUUCUUCCACGCGGGCGACGAAAUCUUACGGAGUAAAUCUUUAGACCGAGACUCGUACUCCAGCGGUGACUGGUUCAAUAGGCUGGACUACUCUGGGGACACGCACAACUUCGGCGUCGGGUUGCCCGGGGAGCAAAAGAACGGCGAUAGAUACGACUUCAUCACGCCCAUGCUCGCCGAUACGUCGAUGCGCCCCUCGAAAGAGUUCAUCGAAGAGGCGACGAGAAACUUUUGCGAACUUCUGAGCAUCCGUCAAUCGACGCCACUGUUGCGUCUUCAAACCACGCGAGACAUUCAGCGUCGCAUGAAGUUUUAUAACCGCGGACCGGCGCAAACGCCUGGGCUCAUCAUCGCUAGUAUCAACGACGGCGACGCGUCCACGCCUGGGUUACCAUCGCUCGACGCGAACUACAAGCGCGUCGUGCUCGCGUUCAACGCCACUCCGAACGAAAUUUCACAUCACGAGGCUGGGCUUAAAGUUGAUUUCGCUGGCGUCGAUCUCGAAUUACAUCCGCUCGUCGGCGGCGUCACCGCGGACGCCGUCGCGAUGAGGAGCGUCUUCAUCGAAGGCGUUCCCACGAUUCCUCCGUACACGUGGACCGUGUUCGUACAGCAUAGAUAA